CCUUGUUACAAGUUACAACCCCCACCAUUUAACCAAAAUUCAAUUCUUAGCCUCAAACAACAACAAAAAAAAACACACACAUUCCUGUCGAAAAUGAUGCCUCCAAAUUCUCUCUCAAUUUCUUGUUUAGCCAAAAUUAUACUUUCUUGGAGAAGACUAAGAAAAUCCGGUAAGCAUGCCGCCGCCGCCGCAAAGAUCGAGACCAUUGAACCUGAGCCGGAGAUGGAGCUGUCAAUACCUCCUCAUUUCCGAUGCCCAAUUUCUCUAGACUUGAUCAAAGACCCGGUAACUGUCUCAACCGGAAUAACAUACGACCGUGAAAGCAUCGAGAAAUGGACGGAAUCCGGCAACAGAACCUGCCCUGUAACAAAACAACAACUCAGAAACCUGGAUCAAAUACCCAAUCACGCCAUCAGAAAGAUGAUCCAAUCAUGGUGCGUCGAAAACAGGGCACUCGGGGUCGAACGGAUUCCGACCCCACGUAUACCCAUCACCAGAUCAGACGUGUCCGAUCUCUGUUCCAAGAUUUCAUCUUCCACCGUCCGCGGUGGCCACAAAAAGUGCGGAGAAUUGGUGGAGAAAUCCAGGAGGUGGGUUAAAGAAAGCGAGAGGAACCGGAAGUGCUUGGCGGAAGGCGGCGCCGGCGACGUUCUUGCCACGGCCUUCGAGUUUUUCGCUUCGAUUUCAUCGAAUGAAUACGAGGAUCUUCUUGCCAUUAUCUUAUCCACACUUCCAUCGUUUUUCCCACUCACGGAAGAAAGUAAAUCAAAGUUAUCUUCGGAUCAAUCCAUACGUUGCAUGUCGUGGUUCUUAACUAGAGAAGAUCUGUCAUCGAGACAGAAUUCCGUAUUGUUACUAAAAGAAUUGAUUUCAUCCAACCCAAGAAACGUCAACAAAUUAUUAUUACCCAUUAAAGGAAUCGAACAAUCGUUAAGCAAUAUUGUUAAGCUUCAAUUUUGCCCCAAAGCUACAAAAGCCUCUCUAACACUCAUCUACCACAUCAUAUGGUCAUCAGGAGAUGAUAAGAUCUCAACAUGGUUCGCCAAUGCGGGUUUUGUCUCAUCCCUGUUAGAACUAAUCGUGGAUUCAGAAAGGAGCGUUUGCGAAAAGGCGAUUGCGGUUCUAGACAAGAUCUGCGGGACUAAGGACGGGAAGGAAAUGGUGUUAGACCAUGCAUUGACGAUGCCGGUGAUGGUUAAGAAGCUGCUCAGAGUAUCGGCCACGGUUUCAGAGCUUUCGGUUUCGGUUAUUUGGAAGUUGUGUAAAGAUGAUGAUCGGUGGUGCGUUGAGGCGAUCAAAUUGGGUUGUUUUCAGAAGCUAUUGGUUGUAUUGCAAGUAGGUUGUGGAGGAAAGACAAAGGAGAAAGCGACUGAGUUGUUGAAGAUGAUGAACCAGUAUAGAGGAAAGUUGGAGUGUUUUGAUUCAUCAAUGAAUUAUGAUAACCUCAAGAAACCAUCGUUUUGAUUUUUCUCUUCUUUUUUUGGGGUAAAUUUAAAGAAAAAUAUAUAUGUAAAGAUUGAUUAUACAGGGAGAACUUAAAUUUGUUCUUCUUUAAACUUAUUGAUGAUUAUUGGAUAGUUCUUCACAAUUGA